AUGGUCGCGUCCAGCCCCUCCUACGCGACCUUCCCCCCCCCGCCGCCGGACGGAACCAACUCCGCCCGCCACUGCGCAGGCGCCAAUCAGCCCGCGCUCAGGCCCGGCCGCCCCUCCGACGGAAUGGUUGCGUCCAGUCCCUUCUGCCCGACCGUCUCCUCCCCGCCGCCGGACGGAACCAACUCCGCCCGCCACUGCGCAGGCGCCAAUCAGCCCGCGCUCAGGCUCGGCCGCCCCUCGGACGAAAUGGUUGCGCCCAACCCCUUCUGCCCGACCGUCUCCCCCCCGACGCCGGACGGAACCAACUCCGCCCGCCACUGCGCAGGCGCCAAACAUCCGCGUUCUGUUCCUGCCAAGUGUGUUCAACGGGACAGAGAGGAAGGCCCGAGGAGGAUGGAUCCUGACGCGCGCCCGCCCCGGGCCGCCCGGCCGAGGACCACCCGCCUGCGAGUGACCGACCUCAGCUGGCUUGGCCCCCGCAACCCCAGCCCGCUGGUCAAGGACACCCCGACGCUGGUCCAAGACGACUACCUCUCCCCUGCCCGGCUGCUGGAGAUGACCCAAGCGGACGACCUGGGGCAGGUUCGCACCCUGCAGAUGCGAGUGGACACGCGGGAGAACAGCCUGGGCAACUUCGGUGACUUCCUGCCCAGCCUGGAUCAACUGAAGCUGAACAACAGCCUGCUGGCGUCCGUGAGGGACCUCGGCACGUCGCUGGCUCAACUCCGGGUCCUGUGGGUGGCCCGGUGCGGGCUCGAGGACUUGGAUGGCAUCAGCUCCUUCGCUUCGCUCAAGGAGCUGUACGCCUCCUACAACAACAUCUCGGAGCUGAGCCCCCUCUGCCUGCUGGACCAGCUGGAGGUCUUGGACCUGGAGGGCAACAACGUGGACGACGUGGCCCAGGUGCAGCUCCUGGGCCUCUGCGGCCAGCUACACACCCUCACCCUGCAGGGAAACCUCGUCUGCCUCCGCCCUCGCCCGCGUUCGCCGGCCGCCCCGGACUACAACUACCGAGCCGAGGUGAGACGCCUGAUCCCCCACCUGCACGUCCUGGACGACGUUCCGGCCAGCCGCACCUCGCCCCGGCCCUCCGGGGUCCCCACCGUCGACUGGCUCGUGGUCCAGGAGGCCAUCAAGAAGGGCCACGGGGGCCCGGGCCCCCCGGCCGGGCCCGCCCCGCGCCAAGGCUCAACGGACGGCAGGCCCGGGCCCGGCCCACGGCGGGCAUCCACGGUGCCCAUCUCGUCCGGCUCGGGACCUUGGCAGCGACAACGACGACGACGGGGGUCCCCCGGCCCUGACCGGCCUCACGUGGACCCCCCGCGAUUCAGAGAGAGCCCACUCCUCGAAACGCUCUUCACCGACGACACCUCCCCGGACGAAGACGACGCCAGCGACCUCACCCACGGCUUCGGCCACGUCCUCUGUGGGAAUCCCAUCAAGGCCCUCCACGAGCGAAGGCGGAAACUGAAGCCGCUCCCGCCGUGCCGUCCCUUCCCGGCCCCGGAGGACUCCCCGGAGGAAGAGGAGGACACCCCGGAGGAGCUGCCCGGCCCCGGGCACGUGCUUGCCCAGCUCCGGGCCUGGCAGAAACAGCACCGGAGAUGCCCCCUCAACUCCCAGGCCUGGACCACCCGUGGGCCACCCCUUCAGCCCCUCUCCCCCCAGGCUCCCCUCACCUCCCUCCCCGUGGGGUCCCGGCCCCCGGGCCCGGAGGAGACAGUUGAGGCCGGCCACCCCGUUGGGGGUGGCGGGGUGGAGCCCGGGUGCCAGCCUGGAGGAGGAGGCCCGGACGGGGGAGAGGCCGCAGGCCUCGCGGAGAGGCAGCCUGACCGACACCGGGCCCUCGGCGGGCUCGGAGGCCUUCGGCUCCACUGGCCCCUGCGCUCCCGCGGAGGAGAGGAGCUUGCCCAGGAGGCCGGGGGGCUACCAGCCCAUCAUCCGCUCUCCCGCCAGGACUCCCGAGAAGACCCCCGUCCCGCCCGCCGCCUGCCCGCUGACCACCAACACCACCUUCCCGAGGCUGCCCAGCCGGCCCACCCUCACCCCCUUCUCCGCCCGGGGCUGCAAACCCUGACCACCGGCCCCCCAAUCUCCAUCAUCUCCGCCCUCAUCCCUGCUUGGGGGGGUCUUCCCCACCACCCCUACCUCAAAUCACAUCCCUCCCCACCCCUCCUGCCCCCUCACAGCUUCCUGGAAAGCCUUCCUCGAUGCCCACCUUGGUGCCCCAUGUAG